ACAGUCGUCUGCUCCCACAACUCUCCUCUCGCCACUCUACUCCAACCUUCCUGUCCUGUCAACAAUGGCGUCCAGGGCGCUCCUUCUCUGCUCUUUCGUCGUUCUCGCCUUCGCGGCUGGAUCGCAGGCCAAGGACUUCAUCGUCGGCGGCCCCACUGACGGGUGGAAGGUGCCGGCGAUGUCAGACGCGCUCAACAAGUGGGCAUCGGCCAACCGUUUCCACAUCGGCGACAACCUCGUGUUCAAGUUCAACGCCGCGGCGGACUCGGUGCUAGAGGUCAGCCAGGACGACUACAACCGCUGCAGCACGGCCAGCCCCAUCAACACCUACAAGGCCAGCGACGCCACCGUGCCGCUGCCGCGCUCCGGCCGGCGCUACUUCGUCAGCGGCACCCCCGGGAACUGCGACAAGGGCGAGCGCCUCAUCGUCGUCGUCAUGUCCGAGAAGCACGGCCGCCGCCCCGGUUCUGCGCCCGUCCCGGCUGCCGCGCCCGCUCAGUCCCCGCGGGCCGCCGGGCUCGUCCACGUGCCUGCCCCUGCCCCGGCGCCCGCGCCGGCUAAAGGUGCCGCCGCGAGGACGGCAGGCAGCGGUUCCCUGCUUCUCGGCGCUCUCCUCGGAGCCGCGCUCCUUGGGUUCUGA